AGAGAUGUACCUAGUGUCGAAAGUCGCUCCGCCUCCUUCCGUUAGUCACGGCCUGGACAGUCCUCUUGGCCCGUAUCUGUUCAUGUAUUGGACAAUAUCAUGCCAGGAACGUGCGUUCCGGGCUCAAACAAGGGCAUUUGAUCAAGCUUGUCUUUUCAUGAAAGCUGUUGUGAAGUAUGUUUUUCUUCAGACGGCUUGGUCAAACACUUCUGGAAAUAAGAGACACGGGCAUGAUCUUUAGUUGAUUCAUACGAACUGACAAAAGAACAAAAGAGUUAUACUUGAAUUGUGUAUGUGCGUCCAAGACAUUUUUUACCUGGCUUCAAGCCUCUGCUUUCUGGGGCACGUGGCUUGAAA